AUGUCUAACAAACCCCGAGUGGAUGGGUCAGCCCCGACCCGCGGAAUCCUCCAGGUAUCCCCGAAGCUCACCCAAGCUGCCGACGAGGACAUGAUAUACUUUCAAUACGAAGUCAACAUGUCUAACAAACCCCGAGUGGAUGGGUCAGCCCCGACCCGCGGAAUCCUCCAGGUAUCCCCGAAGAAGCUCACCCAAGCUGCCGACGAGGACAUGAUAUACUUUCAAUACGAAGUCAACAUGUCUAACAAACCCCGAGUGGAUGGGUCAGCCCCGACCCGCGGAAUCCUCCAGGUAUCCCUGAAGAAGCUCACGGCAGAUCCAAUAGAUAUCGAGCUUUCUGCUCACUGUCGAAUUGUAGUGGAAGGACCUCCCAAGAUGAUGCUCAAUCGCUUUCCACUUCGCUCAACAUCUGGGGGCUCCCAGAGAGCAAAUAGCAUCGGUCCUGGACCACGAGUGCAGGGCUUGGCCCCACCCCGGGAUGGUAGACAUCGUGCUCGCUCACUGCUUGGGUCUGACGCGGGACUCUCGACCCACUCUGCUCCUGUUGUUCGCAGGCAGCCUACCAGCUCAGGCUCUCAAUCACAGUCUUUGAAUCCUCUUCCAGAUGCCUCAAUUGUUCUGACCGGUCCUUCACGCCCAGGUUCUCCAAGUGGAUCGUCUGAUCUCAAUGCGCCUAUUAGCGCAGGCGUUCGGCGUCGGAGGGAUUCCAGCACCAAUGCAGCCUGUCUCACUCCAAGACGCACCAAGCGACUCAAAACAUAUGCACAACAGCUUGCUACUGAACGUGGAAUACCUUUGAAGAAGUUGCUGGCAUUUAUCGAGAAUGGUGAUUUGUUCGUCAUGCUUCUAGAAUUAAGGGCUGGUCAGCUUGAACGAGAAGAAGGGAUCGAAAUAAAUACUUUACAAGAACUCGAGAAACUACUGACUUCUAAGGAUUUCGAGAGUGCACUGAAGAGCCGCCUUACCGCAUGUAUGCUAUCUCCAAACCUGACUGCUUAUAUCACUGAUACGCAUCAACAUGUGAUGGAGUUUAUCCAAGCGCACAAUGAUCUUUUCAAGAUCGCUGAGGGACUCUUUGAAGACGCUGAGUUGCGCUCACAACUCGGCAGAUUGGUCACACGGCUUUUGUCAACCAUCCGUGGCCAAAUCAAAAGCACACUUACCAUGUCAGUCAGCAAGAGAUUGAGUAUCAUGGAUGCCCUCAAACCGCUUAUACAUAGUGGCAUGGAGGUUGACUCCUCGCAUUGGACUAGAUUUGCAUUUUUGCGCCGUUGUCUUCGCAUCUUCCUGAUCGGUGUUUGUGAUCAUGAAAAGCUCACCCUCAAGGAAGCCUUCUCCCCCUACCUCAUCCCCUCGCUCCAUCAAGAUCUUGUAGAGCAUAUUGAGAAAACGCUCAAUGUUGAUAUGGUUCAGUUGGCGGAUGAAUUUUCGGAGUAUCACCCAGGCCAGGGAUCUGCGGAUCAAGAAGAACGCUCUGGUGCCUAUGAAAGCCUCAACGAUCCUACCAGCCAUGAUGCGAGCUCCACCGCAGCGGCAGUCACCAACAAUCUGGUUGACGAAGAGGACCGCCAGGCUGAUCCAACUGCAAUCGAAGGUCCCUUUACAGAUGCGGAUGUGAAUGAAAUCCCUGACGAGUCUUUUGGUACUCCUGAUUGUGCGACAUCUGGCUUUGGACUCGACGGUGGCUUCAAAAAAUGGAACAAACAAAAAUUUUGGAACUAUGUUGAUGCAAUGCUGGAGCAGCUUCGCAAAAGUGCGCGUGAGCAAUCAGGAGGUCAGACUGCUGGGUAUGAAGAUGCGUACCGCAAGGCAAUGGUCGAGUUUCUCCAGCUCGACCUGCAGGAGUUCCCUGGUCGCUGCAAGGCUCUAUCUCUUGUGAAAGGUUCACAGCCUGUAUGGCAGGAAACAAUUCAGAAAAAGUUGUUAUGGUAA